AUGGUUAUUCAGCAGAGAAUAAUAUGUGAUGCCAAGCUUCUUUCUCAGUGGAUGUUACAACUGCACACUUUGGUCACUAAAGUUACACAGCAGUUGUCUCAAACACAGACUUUAUCGCUGGGCUUGAACAUACCAGGUAGAGGUCGGCUGAACCUCACACAAACACAGUCGAGUUCCAUAUCAUUCAGUAAUCCUUGGAACAUUCUUCUUAUGUUUGAUCGCAUUGCAGAGCCAUUGUUUGUGCCUAAAGGAAUAGACAACAGAAUUGUGUUCAACCUCCCAACAAAUUAUCUGCCUUUUCGUUACCAGUCAAUAGCUUCCGAUUUAGCUAACAGAUUUGGUGGGCCAUCGGAUAAAUUAGAAAUAGAUGUGAAGUCCAUCACCCUGCCUGAUCUUUCAUUCCCCAUGACUCUUGGCCGCAAAGAGAACUUCUCUCCUCUUAUACCAUAUCAUAACAGAAUGGCAGCACGGCUGGUAGAAACAUUUGUGGGAAUGCGCACAUACGAGGACUUUCUGUCCCUGUCAAUAUACUGUCGCGAUCGCAUGAAUCCAUAUAUGUUUGCAUAUGCAUUGUCAAUUGCCAUUAUUCAUCGACCAGACACACAAAAUAUACCUCUCCCACCUCUUACUGAAGUGUUUCCAGACAGGUUCAUGGACAGUUCCAUAUUUGGACGCGCUCGUGAGGAAGCAAACAUUGUCAGCACUGGAGAUAGGCUGCCAAUAGUAAUUCCACGAGACUACACAGCUUCUGAUCUCGAACCAGAACACCGUGUUGCAUAUUUCCGAGAAGACAUUGGUGUUAAUUUAUUUCACUGGCAAUGGCACCUUUACUAUCCAUUCUCUGGCUUACGAUCUAUUGUCAAUAAAAAUCGGCGGGGUGAGCUCUUCUACUACUUGCAUCAGCAGAUUAUUGCAAGGUACAACUUUGAACGACUCAGCAAUAGGCUUGCUCGUGUGAGACGUCUGUCGAACUGGCGUGAACCGGUAGAGGAGGGUUACUUCCCAAAACUUGACAAUAUUGUAGCAAGCAGAGUCUGGCCACCACGACAUGCAUUUGCCAACUUAAGAGAUAUCAACCGAGAACUUGAUCAACUUGAAUUUGACAUAGAAGAUUUGGAACGCUGGCGAGAUCGAUUUUUUGAAGCCAUUCAAAGUGGAUCUGUUGUAAAUGAAAGGAAAGAAGUAGUUGACCUUACAGAAACAGAAGGCAUUGAUGUUCUUGGUAACAUGAUGGAAGCAAGUACAUUGUCAAUAAAUCCCAGCUUUUAUGGUGAUUUGCAUAAUCUUGGACAUCUCAUGAUAGGCUAUUGCCACGAUCCUGAUGCAAGACAUUUGGAAUCAUUUGGUGUUGUUGCUGAUCCAGCAACAAAUAUGAGGGAUCCUGUUUUCUACAGGUGGCAUGCCUUUGUAGAUGGAAUCUUUCAGAGACACAAAAGUGUUUUACCGAGAUACAAUGUUCAGCAGCUCAACUUUGAUGGAGUUCGAGUUGCUGCUGUGGAAGUUAUGUCACAGAAUGUAUCAAAGAAUGAAUUUCUCACAUUCUGGCAACAAAAUGAUAUAGAUCUUUCAAGAGGAUUGGAUUUCGCACCAAGAGGCUCGGUACUAGUUCGGUUCACUCAUUUGCAACAUGCACCGUUUGUCACUCGAUUUUUGGUUGAUAACAAUGGACCUCCAAGAAUAGGUACUGUGAGAAUUUUCAUGGCACCAAAGUUUGAUGAAAGGGGUCUUCCAAUGUUGCUUCGUGACCAGAGACGCCUCUUCAUUGAAAUUGACAAGUUUUUUGUGCAAUUGAACAGUGGGCGAAGCACCUUUCAGCGUCGCUCUGAUGCAUCAUCAGUAACAAUACCAUUUGAACGGACAUUUCGCAACCUUACCGGAAUUGGAUCAUCACAGCAACAGGCACCAUACACCUACUGUGGAUGUGGGUGGCCACAGCAUAUGCUGAUACCCAAGGGCCAACCUGAAGGCUUCCCUGCGGAAUAUUUUGUUAUGGUGUCUGAUGGUAGUCAAGACAGGGUGGAACAAGUUGAUACAGACACUGCAGAUACUAGCUGCCUUCCAGCUCAUAGCUACUGUGGUCUGCACAAUCGCUUGUACCCAGAUCGGCGCAACAUGGGAUAUCCAUUUGACCGAAUGCCACGUGAUGGUGUAUCCACUUUACGUGAGUUCAUGACACCUAAUAUGGCCAUGAUAGAUGUGAGGAUACGACAUAUUGAUGUUGUUGUUGGUCCCCAACCUGGAAAUCAACCGGGAAUACCUUCAAAUCUUGGAUGAUCAAACAUGUCACUAAUUCCAUACUACUGCAUUUAUCAUGCAGACAUACUUAGCAUUACUGUAGACAAAAAUCUACUCAUCAAGCAGCAGCAGGCAAACACACACAUAAAAGAAGGUUAUACUUAUGCAAACUUUCGGAACCAGUGGGUCCUUCUUCUGGUACAAGGCUUGAAAGGGGAAGGAAAAGAAGUGAAGCAAACAGACUGGAGAGGUGUAA